GAAGCUGAUGAUGUCUACAAGUUGGGGAUGGCCUUGUUUGUUAUGGGCGUCCUCACUGGUAAGGAGGAGAAGACUGUCGUUCCUCCUUUUGUGAUAAGAAUGGUUGAUAACCUUCCAUUCUUCUACGAGUAUCCCUGGGGAAAGAUUUCUUACACCAAGCUGAUGGAAACUUGUAACAAGGAUUACUUGGAUGUGAAGAAUAAGAUGUUGAAAAAGAUUGAGAAGGGAGUAACUCAAAAGGAGGCAAAAUACUCAGCCUACGGCUAUGCUGCAGCGUUGCAGUAUUGGGCAUACGAGGCCAUAUUACAGCUGGGCAACGAGUAUGCAGUGAGGAGGUCGCAUGGCUUUCCGAGAAUGGUCAACUGGGAGAGUAAGCCGAACACUACACUCGGGAAGGAUGAAGUGACCAGAUUAUUUGCUAAAAAUUUGACAGUGUACUCCGUGUUAUGUCCUCGGCCGAACGAGAUUGAGUUUGUGAGUUACAUAACCGGGGUCGGCCUACGGUAUUUGUUGACUUGGAGGAACUUGUGUUGGGUGAGGAUGGGCAACCAACACAGGAUGCUUUGCGAAGCCAGGCCGAAAAGCUUGCCUCCACAUUGGAAGAACGAGCGGAGGCAGCCCGAAUAUUUAAAGACUCUACACCACCUCCACCGUCUCCUCCACGUGCACCGCCUGCAGUUCCAGAUGGGUCUGGUGUUGACCCAUCUCCAGCUUCAGUUCCUGAUGGGUCUGGUGUUGACCCAUCUGCAGCUUCAGUUCCUGAUGGGUCUGGUGUUGACCCACUUCCAGCAUCACAGGAUCCUCCUGUUCCCCCGACAGCUUCUAUUCCCAGCACCUCGGAGGCUCGCGAUCCAGUAUACCCUGCCAUUUUGGCAAGGUUGGAGACUGUGGAGAGGGGGCAGGCCGCUCUGCGAAGAGGACAAACAGCGAUUAUGGAUCAGUUGAAGACCAUAAUGAUGCUCCUGCAAGAUCCUGGAAGGCCGGCAGCAGAUUCACAGCCACAGCCACAGCCACAGCCACAACCGGA